GAGAGAGAGAGAGAGAGAGAGAGAGAGAGAGAGAAUUUCCUAUAUUUUACUUUUAGAAAUAGUAUGACAUAACGUUCGGCAAUCGCUGAUAAACCCAAUCCAACUCCGAUUUUGCCCAACUGGAGCUGACCAAAAUCCCAAAAUCAAGAAAAGAAACCCUCCCAACUCCGAUCCAAAACCCUCUCUCCACCAUGCCCCUCUUCAAAACCCCCUUCAACGGCUACUCUGUCAAAUUCAGCCCCUUCUACGAGCACCGCCUCGCCGUCGCCACCGCCCAGAACUUCGGCAUCCUCGGCAACGGCCGCCUCCACGUCCUCGACCUAUCGCCCGGACCCAUCUCCGAAAUCGCCGCCUUCGACACCGCCGACGGCGUCUACGACGUCGCCUGGUCCGAAUCCCACGACUCCCUCCUCGUCGCCGCCGUCGCCGACGGCUCCGUCAAGCUCUACGACCUCUCCCUCCCGCCUGCCUCGAACCCGGUCCGAUCGCUCCACGAGCACACGCGCGAGGCCCACUCGGCGGAUUAUAAUCCCGUGAGAAGGGAUUCGUUUCUCACGGCUUCGUGGGACGACACCGUUAAGCUGUGGACCGUUGAUCGGCCCACUAGUGUUCGCACCUUCAAGGAACAUGCCUACUGCGUCUACUCGGCUGCCUGGAACCCCCGCCAUGGCGAUGUCUUUGCCUCCGCCUCUGGUGACUGCACUGCACGUGUAUGGGAUGUGCGGGAGCCCGGUUCCACUAUGAUCCUGCCCGCCCAUGAAUUUGAAAUACUCUCUUGCGAUUGGAACAAAUAUGAUGAUUGUGUGAUUGCCACAGCCUCAGUUGACAAGUCAAUCAAGGUAUGGGAUGUGAGGAGUUAUCGGGUUCCAGUCGCUGUGCUCAAUGGGCAUGGUUACGCUGUGAGGAAGGUGAAGUUUUCGCCCCACAGGGGAAGCUUGAUCGCUUCAUGUUCGUAUGACAUGACGGUUUGUUUGUGGGACUACAUGGUGGAGGAUGCUCUUAUUGGGAGGUAUGAUCACCACACAGAGUUUGCAGUUGGUGUGGAUAUGAGUGUGCUUGUUGAGGGGCUUUUAGCCAGCACUGGAUGGGAUGAGCUCGUUUAUGUUUGGCAGCACGGGACAGACCCCAGAGCACCAUAAAAGGGAAGUUCGUUAUCUUAUUUGUUAGAACUUUCCAAUUGAGCUUCAAGUUUUUGAAAGAGGGUACUGAUCAUUGCUAUAUACUUGUCUUGGGAGCUCAUGGUUGUCAUGAACUGUAACUUGUGGUUGAUAGCUGUGCAAUAAUUAGAAUUUUUUCAAUCAAAAACUUGAUCAAUAAUAAUCCCCACAUGUAAAAUUGUUGGGUUGAGAUUGUAAAAUGCAACCUCAAUCAGUGUACAUUGUUGUAAUUUGGAAUCCCAAUUACCAAUUGGUGAUA